AUGGGCUCCAUUCCAAGUCAAGUGAAGGAUUCUUCAGUUGUAUAUCCCAACAGCUCCUGUACACAAUCACAAAGCAAAGAAACUGUACUUGCCGCGUUAACCAGGCUCGAGGAAGAAUUUGCUGAUUGCGAGAAACAAUACUCAAUUCAAAGACAUGAUGUGGUCACGGCUGAAUUGAAAAGCAUAGAAUCUGAACUUAAUGAAUACGAUAUAGACAAAGCUGUAACACCUGAUAAGGAAUUUUAUGCAAAAACAAUGCAUCAGGUGAUUGUAGGUUUGGAUUUAUAUAGACGUCCCUUGCUAGCUGCUGAAAACGAAGAUUUCAUCGCCAGUAUUAACAGAACGGAGAUGCGUCGUUUCGAACUAAAGUGGAUAAAAGUGAGGCAGAAAGAGUUAGAGCAGGAGAAUCAGCUGCUACAGACCCGGUUGGCGCACUUGAAAACGUUGCGUACGAAAUAUCAACAACUUUUGGAUUCAAUUUGGCUCAACAAAACUCGACCCGGAUCAUCGCUAGAGAGAGCAGUAGAGCGAUGUCAGGAAUUACGCGACGCGCUCGCUGCAGUGAGUGUAAGGUUACGCGCGGCUGCUGAUUACGUUCAAAGUGCGCUGCGGUUGCUAGAUGACGCGCUUCCAUCUUGGAAAAUGGCGUCCAUUGGAAAAAGUGGUUGGGAGCGCACUAAAGCGUGCGCGGACGCGUGCAGCGAGCUCGUGCACGCGCGGUGCCUGGAGCGCAGCGCCCGCCGCGUGCUCGUGGCGCGCGCGGCGCCGCGGGCUGCGCGCGCGUUCCGAUUGGCUCUUGAUUAUGCGUUCACUGAUACGUUUCAUGAUCAUAGGUAUCAAAGGGCAACUGAAACAUUCGUUCAAUUCAAGAAAGCUCUCAUACAGCUGCUUUCUUCAAUCCACAAGGUUCUAUUGAAUAACGUGGACAAUUUGAUUGCUGCUGAAAAGGAUCUGGUUGAGAAGAGGAGGGAACUGCGAGCUUUAAGAGUGAACACUAUUAUACGACGUGGUUUAGCCGAAAUGCGAUACAUACCUGAUAAUAAAACGUAGUUAAUAGUCUGUUUAUUUAUUUAUUAAAUUAUUAAAAAAUAAUUAUACAAAAAACCAAAACCUCUAAAAAUAAAUGGAACAAAUGAAGGCCUUAUGGCUCAAAGUUUAUCUGCUAGGCAACCUUCAGGCACAGGACAAAAGAUUAUAAAGCUGUAAAAUUCAACUUAGAAUAGGAUUGUCUUAGGGCCAAUGAGUCAAAUAUAAUGAUUAUUCAAACGUUAAUAUAUAUUGCCACAGAUAAAACACUAGCAUAACUUGGAUAAUAAAUUUGUGUCAAUAAUAAAUAUGCAAUGGAUUAGCGAAUGGUUGUCAAUAAUGAUUUGCCUUGCCUUUCGGUACCUGUGUAUGUAAUAAUUUUCGUAGCAUCUAUAUAUUUUUG